UAAUGAAAAAAAGCCGAAAUAGAAAAGAUAACAAUACACAAUAACAACCACCAUUAAACUUAAAAAUACUGAUAGAACUACAUAAAUACCAACAUAAUAAAUAAAAUAAUAUAUAAAUGGCAACAGAUACAGUAUCGGCUUCAGAAGAUAUUGAAACUAUAGAAAGAAAAGAAGAAAAAAAACUAACAUAUGACCAAAUUUUAGAACAAUUUUAUAAACAUAUUUUAACAUGGAAUGCAGCAGAUUUACAGCCCAAGAGAAAAGAAUUAAAAAAAGUUAAAGUAUCAUUUGAUGACGAAAAAGAUUAUGUAUCAACAUUUGAACCAUUGUUAUUUGAAGAAUGUAGAGCACAACUUGAAAGAUCAAUUGAAGAAGGUGAAAAAGAUGACACAUCGGAACCAUGUUUAUCUAGAGUACGUUAUAUUUCAGAAGCAAAUGAUUUUUUAAUUGUUGGUUUAGUAAUGUCAGAGGGUGUUAAUGUGUUUCAAUUUCAUGACAACGAUUUAAUUAUGAUAUCACUCCAUCACCCAUUAGUAGUAUUUGGAAUGGAUGAAAAUGAAGAAAUUACCGACGAUGAAGAUACAGCAGCUACAUCCGCUGCAACCCAUGUCCCAGCAGAUUCAAUCAAAACAACUACAGCAUCAGAAGAUAUAGAUGAUCCAAAUAAAACAAUUGAGGAUGCAGAAAGAAAGAAGAAAAAAGUUAUUCCACCAUCAAAAACACCGAUUACAGAUCAAAAUAGAACAUUACAUUUAAUUGGCACAGUUGAACAUUUAGAAAAUGGCGGUAUUAAAGCUAAAUUUUAUCUUAAAGGAAUUAAAAGUGAAAGAGCUAGACAAUGUGGUUUACUUCUUCGUUAUGAAAUUGACUGGUGGACUACUAAACUUUGUAAUCUUUCAACUUUACAAAGAGAAUAUGUAGCACUUUAUUCAACUUCACAAUCUGGCUUUAUGAAAACAUUACUUUUAAGAGAUGAAGACGAUAAUCAAGGUAUAGUUAUGAAAAUUCCACCACUUUUACAUCAACAGUUUGAAACCAGUUUUAAUCAUUCACAAUUAGGUGCACUAACAUCAGCACUCGAAGGUAACAAUAUUACAUUGAUUCAAGGUCCACCAGGAACAGGUAAAACCCAUUUAAUUAUUGGUUUAAUUAGUGUUUUACUUCACAGUACUAUUGUACCAAAAAAUCCACCACAAGAAAGAAUCGAUUUUUCAAUUCGUGAAGAAUUAACAACCGAAGAAAAGAAAGACGAUUGGAAUAUUUCACAGCCAUGGUUUAACAAAGGAUUCUUUCAUAUUAGAGACAACUUUGAAUUGAUCGAUUAUGAUUUUGAAGAGCGUGACCAAAAAAGAAAGAGAGAUCUUUGGAGAAAACUUAGAGAUACAGGUUCUGUUAAAGGUCUACAAAAGAAAAGAAGAAUUUUAUUGUGUGCACCAAGUAAUGGUGCUGUUGAUGAAAUCGUUUCACGUCUUUUACGUGACGGUCUUUUAAAUGCUGAAGGUAAAAAAUACAAUCCAAAUUUAGUUCGUGUAGGUCCAGGCUCACAUGUAGAUGUAGAACAGGUUUCAUUAGAUUUUAUGGUUAGAUGUCGUCAACAAUUAAUGAACUCAAAUAGCGCAAUUCCUUCAUCAUCUGCAUCAACUGCUCAAGCUACAUCAGGUUCAUCAAGAUCAAAUCAAGAUUCAAGCUCAAUUAGAACAAUGAUAUUAGAUGAAGCUGAUAUUGUUGCAACUACUCUUUCUUUUAGUGGUUCUUCUUUAUUAACUAAAAUGAUUGGAGGUUUUGAUAUAGUAAUUAUUGAUGAAGCUGCUCAAGCUGUAGAAACAUCAACAUUAAUUCCAAUUCAACAUCAAUGUAAAAAAGUAGUAUUAGUCGGUGAUCCAAAGCAACUUCCAGCUACAAUUAUUUCACCAUUAGCUAUUCAACAUUCAUAUGAUCAAUCAUUGUUCCAACGUCUUCAAGAGAAAAAUAAACCACAUAUGCUUGAUACACAAUAUCGUAUGCAUAGUAUAAUUCGUAAAUUCCCAUCAAAACAUUUUUACGACGAUCUUCUUCAAGAUGGUCCAAAUAUCCCAUCAAGAGCUGCUCAUUAUCAUUCAAAUCCAUUCCUUGGUCCAUUAGUUUUCUAUGAUCUUUCAUGGUCGGUUGAAACCAAGCCAGGUGGUGGUUCAGUAUGCAACAUGGAAGAAAUUAAAAUGGCAUAUUUCCUUUAUCAACAUAUCAUUAAAGAAUACCCAGAGGAAGAUUUUUCAGGUCGUAUUGGUAUUAUUUCACCAUAUCGUCAACAAGUAUUACAACUUCGUGAAGCCUUUAAAAACUAUCCUGGUGUUUCUAUUGAUACCGUCGAUGGUUUCCAAGGUAGAGAAAGAGAAAUUAUUAUAUUUUCAUGUGUCAGAGCUCCAGCAGAAAAAGGUUCAGGUAUUGGUUUCCUUUCAGAUGUUCGUCGUAUGAAUGUAGCUUUAACUCGUCCAAGAUGUUCAUUAAUUAUAAUGGGUAAUGUUAAAGCUCUUAGUGUAAAUAAAGAUUGGAAUGAUUUAAUCGUUCAUGCUCAAGAUUUAGGUUGUUUGGUUCCUGUUAAACAAGAACCAUCCAUCGAAGUUCUAAUACCAACAUUUACAAAUAAAGUACUUUAUGAUCAAUUAUCUGUCGAAGGUAAAGAAUUAAUUAUAGAUGCUCCACUUACAGAAGAAGAAAUGGCAAAAGUUAAGAAAACCAAUGAAAAAAUUAAAAAGAAACAAGCACAAAAAGCAGCAAAUAAACAAAAGAAAGAAAAUAAUAAAAAAAGAAAGAAAAAUGAAUUGGAUAAUCAAAAUAAUAUAGAAGAAAAUAAUAAUAAUGAUAAUAGUAAUAGUAAUCUUGAAGAAAAAGAAAAGGAGAUAGAAACAACCACCACCACCACCACCACCACUUCCAACAAAAGAGGCAAAAAAUAAAUUAAUAAAUUGUAUUUAAAAAUUAUAUAAAUUUGUAUAAUUUUUUUUUUUUAAAAU